AGCCUUAUGUGUAGGUAAGAUACCUAGUUUCAAAGUUACAUCACCUCCCGUAGAGGAAAAACGGCCCCCAAAUAGAGGUAUAGCCCAUUUAGGACUCCAUUAGCUUACCAAAUCUACCUCUCUACCUUACAUAUGAGAGAAUAUAUAUGACAGGUUGAUGCGCUAAUCACGAGGGGUUUCAACACCAUCCUCUCGACUACAUCUCUUGAAACUCGGCUAUCAGUUCAAAUAUCGACGGUUAUUGACCCAAGAUCGCAUAACGUAAUAACAGGCGGCAUUAACGGCGAUAUAUUCAUCUUGUAUCCUAUAUCCGGAGAAAACGACCUAGGACGGAAUUAGGCUUCAACGGAGGCAUCGAAACAAGAAGAUGGCUUCACGACCUUCUAAGAGACCCGAACCGAGUCCGAAGAAGCCAAAGUCUAGAUCGAGGCCACUGAAUGAUGAUUGGGCCGACGUCACAGAACCAGAGGAGAGGAGGCGGAUCCAAAAUCGACUUGCUCAACGCAAGUUCCGAGAGAAGGCUAAAGAGCAGAAAGAGAAAGCCGAGAGAGAAUCUCACAACCUUCAAAAUGCGCACAGCAGCUACCAGCUCCCUUCAUCCGAUGAGAUCGCAGCAGACGACGGGAUAGAUCUCUCUGGACUGCCAUGGGGAAGCAUGAGUAUGAAGCAUGUGCUAGCUAUGGGUUACGAGACCGAGAGUAGGCGUAGCGGUGGAAGCGGAGGCGACAACACGCCAACCGAAACACCGCGGUACUACACGACAUCUUAUUCCAGUCAACAAUACCAGGCAACCAGGUACGGUGGUAGUUCGAAUAGCAGCGGCGGGGAUGAUUUCUCCUAUCAAGAUAUACCGCCCUACUACUACGACUCAAAUCCAAAUACUGGGCAUAGCUCAUACCACCAAACUUAGGAGCCAGAUACAGGAAGUAUGUGAAAAGGGAGAUCCCGGGAAUAUGCAGAAGUGGCUGAAAAGACGCAUGAAGCAGUGUCCUCCACCGUGUUAAUUUCCUUUCCCAGGACUUUUUCUUAAAGUGAGAAAGCCUGAGGCUGAGAAUCCUGCGGGCUUCCGGUUGGUCAGGAUACGGCCGGUCAUGAUAUGUGACGAUGGGUUAUUAGAAGGCGUCACAGCAUUAGUUCUUUCCUGUUUUUGAUUUAUUUGAUUUUGUUAUACAGCAAGCAUGUACUACACUCUGAUCCUGCUUUUUUACCAGUAAUACCCAUUUUAGCCAAAAUGUACCAUUAUUAGAUGCUCUAGGAGAAAUAGACAUACUUACCUACUUUACCUAAUUCCUGAAUAAUAUCUGCCUAUUUUCUGGUUCUUUUACGACGUAAGGGCCUCAAGGUGAGACAAACAGAUCCCGAGCCACGGAUCCGGGUGACGUGCCGAACUCCAACAACUUGCGGUGUAUCGAAGAGUCAGUCAGCAACAAACGACGAAGCUAGCGCUUUGUCUAGGUAGGUAUAUUCGCGCACAUAAAACUGCUCGUCAUGAGAUGAGCCUCAUUAUUACGACGUAUCGCAGAUACGACAA